AUGCUCGAAACCUGUGGCGCUGGUAGUGACAAUAAUUUUGGCCCUCGUGUUGAUGUUCACUGUCGAGGGUUCGAUUUCACCCUUCUGUUCGAAGAUGCCGUACUAUCAAUGGUACCAGCGGCUUUGUGCAUUGUUUUCCUACUACUACGACUAUAUAGCAUGCGAAGAAAGUCGGUGAAAGUGCUGUCCUACAAAUUGGCGGCUUAUAAAAUGGCGUUUCUUAUAACAUUAUUUGUUCUACAAGUGAUUUAUGCAGCAUUCCGGUUCAGAAUACCAGUGUUGCGUACCUCAUUGUCACUGCCAUCUGAUAUUCUGAAUAUCCUUGUCACCGCUGGCGCAGUGACCCUUUCAUUCCUCGAAGAUCAACGCUCAACACGGCCAUCUGACCUCCUAGUUGUCUAUUUCUCUCUGCUGGUGCCUCUAUGGGCCGCCCGGCUACGGUCGUUGUGGCUGAUUCAUACGUCAAGUCCCUGCAGAAUCUUGUGGACAGUCAUAUACGCCAUUGUCAUCCUGGUUGCGUUCCUUGAGUCGACUCAAAAGACCAAAGUCCUGCGAUCUUCGUACAAACAUGUAAACGUGGAACAAGUCAGUGGUUUUUGGUGGCGAAGCUUCUUUGUAUGGGUUGUACCUUUCAUCAAAAUGGGCUGGUCAACGAUUCUCUCCGUCUCAGAUAUGCCGGAGGUUGACGAGAGCUUACAGGGCGAUGUGGCACGUGUAAAACUGCAAAGAUCCUGGGAAAAGUCAAAAGGAACACACCAGUUAAUGAAAGCUGUCUUCCGCGCAUAUCUUUGGCCCGCUCUCUCUGGAGUUAUCCCUCGUCUAAUGCUCUGUGGAUUCACCUUCUGCCAACCAUUUUUAAUUACAUCUACCGUGGAUUAUUUCUCGCGGGACGCAGAGUCUAUGCCCAAGGAAUACGGACAGGCAUUGAUAGGAGCCUUCUUGAUUGUAUACAUGGGGAUGGCGAUAUCGACGUCUGUAUACUGGCGCCAAACAUAUCGGCUGAGUACAAUGAUACGAGCAGGCCUCAUCUCAAGCUUGUACCGACAAACCACACUCUUAGAGAGCGAUGAUGUAAAAGACAACGCCGCGCUCACAUUAAUGGGUACAGACGUGGAGCGAAUUGUUGGCAGCUUCAGGUACUUGCACGAACUCUGGGCCUCGAUCCUAGAGGUCGCCAUAGCAAUCUAUCUUUUACAACGACAGAUCGGGUUGUCCUGCAUAGUCCCUGCAAUAAUCUCUCUAGCAUGCGUCUUUGGAUCGGGGCCGAUAUCUGCAAAAACUGCACCAGCACAGAAGGCUUGGGCCGAGAAAGUCCAAAAAAGAAUAGGUGUCACUUCCUCUAUGCUUAAGGAUAUGAAAUCGGUCAAAAUCCUGGGUCUAAACGAUGUGUUCUUCGGACUUAUCACCAAGUUGCGAGUGGCAGAACUUAAAACAUCUGCUCAAUUCCGCAAGUUAUUUAUCUGGACAGUUGUGUUAUCAAAUUUUCCUGCGGAUCUAGCUCCGUACACCACAUUUGCAGUUUAUGCAAUCAUCUCUGUGGUCCGGAAAGAUCAGUCCCUUGCCACAUCUCAGGCCUUCACUUCACUUUCAUUGAUUUCGUUGAUGACAUCACCGCUAUUGAGCUUUGUGCAAGCUGUCCCAUCAUUCAUCCAGUGCUUUGGUUGUUUUGAAAGAAUUGAGUCAUAUUUGGAAAAACCUGCGAAUUCCUCGAGUGACGAACAGCUUUUUGGAUUGACAGACGCAGAACAGACGCAGACAGAACUUGAACUUCUAAACAGGCCGACCUCCCCUCAUGUGGUAUCAAUAAAAAAUGCCGAUAUCUCGUGGCAAUCCGAUUCAGAACCCGUAUUGCAAAACCUGAAUUUGGAGAUUGGCAAGGGAAUCACAAUGAUUACCGGCCCUGUCGGCUCCGGAAAAUCAGCCCUUAUCAAAUGUCUCUUAGGCGAAAUGACUGUUUGCAAAGGGUCUGUGACUACAAAUUUCGGCAAUGUUGCGUACUGCCCUCAGAUUCCAUGGAUUCUGGACAAUACUAUCCGGCACAAUAUCACCGGAGGCACAAACUUCGAUGCGAAGUGGUAUGACUUCGUGAUUUCUAGUUGUGGUCUGAAUGGUGAUUUCCAGUCUAUGCCUGCUGAAGACAUGCAUGUUGCAGGGAGCAGUGGUGCCUCCCUUAGUGGUGGCCAAAAGCAAAGAGUGGCGCUUGCACGGGCAAUUUACUCCAGGCUACCCGUCAUAAUUCUUGACGAUAUAUUCAACGGUCUAGAUUCUAAGUGCAUUAGUGAGAUAUCUUCAAAGUUGUUUUCCGAGCAUGGAUACUUUCGCACUGCUACCAAGAACGUAAUCCUGGUCACUCACACUGAAUCUCUACUGCCAUAUGCUGAUGAUGUUAUCGUUCUCGAUCAUGGUGCGGUCUCUUAUAAAGGUUCAUAUCAAGACCUUCCAAACAGGAACCCUCGCGCCAUAUUAAAAGAUUCCAUCUUUUUACAAGAGGCGGAGAUUAAUUCUAGUCCUCAAUCAAGUCCUGCAGAUAAGACCUGGUCUGAUGCACCUGAGAAUGCUCUAAUUGAUGGCAGUCAAAGAGAACUUGAAAGUGACAUCGACUAUUCUCGACGCGAUGGCACUUGGGAUGUGUAUAAAUACUACAUCAAGGGCGCAGGCCCCUGGAUCACGGCAAUAUUUGUCGCGUCUUUCAUUUUUUAUGCCUUUUUGAAUACUUUCACGACUCUGUGGAUCCAGUGGUGGUCCGACUCGAAUGAUAAAGACCCCAACAGCAGGAUUGGCUGGUACCUUGGCUUCUAUACUACCUUCACAGUGGUCGGAAUCUUCUUUUUCUUCGUCGGAUGCGUUUUAUUUUUCAUCAAUAUCAUCAAUGACACAGCUCUAGCAUUCCACACUGACUUACUGAAAGCCACGCUAAGUGCCCCAUGGAGUUUCUUCCAGACUACUGAUGUCGGUAUCAUGACCAAUCGGUUCAGCCAAGAUAUGGACCUCAUUGAUAUGAAGCUUCCUCUCUGGGUUGUCAAUACAGUAGCAAAUGUCGCACUUGUCAUAACGAACAUGCUUCUUCUAUGCGCAAUAGGAAAGUAUAUGGCUGCCACUUUUCCUUUCCUAGUGACCAGCUUCGUGAUCAUUCAACGUAUCUACCUCCGGACUUCACGACAAGUCCGAUUACUAGACAUCGAAGCCAAAGCACCUCUUUACGCACAUUUCGCGGAGACCAUUGAUGGAAGCACGUCAAUAGGAGCCUUUGGAUGGCGUGAUAGCUUCCAAGCUGAAUGCAAUAAGAGAAUCAACCACUCCCAGAGACCGUUUUAUAUGCUAGCUUGUCUACAACAAUGGCUUAGUCUGGUUCUGGACUUAGUCAUAGCAGCAAUGGCAGUUAUUCUCAUAACGGUUGCCUCGUCUCUAAGAGGUCAAUUCAGUGCUGGUACUAUGGGUGUGGCACUCAAUCUUGUAUUGAGUCUCAAUCAGAUUCUAGUGCAAGCAAUUCAGUCAUGGACACAGAUGGAAACAUCUAUUGGUGCGGUUUCUCGAGUGCACAGUUUUAAGAGAGACACACCCUCGGAGGAUCAAGCCCUCGAACAAUCACCCACAGCCGACUCUCCAGGUAAUAGUUCCAUCGCUUUUGACAAUUUAACAGUGGCUUAUGGCAGUGUCGGUGGUCAAUCUAUCAUCAGGAAUUUGACUCUAGACAUCAAGCCUGGAGAGAAGAUCGCACUUUGUGGUCCGUCGGGCAGUGGUAAAAGCUCUCUCAUUAUGACCCUCCUUCGUAUGACGAAUAUCAAGAGUGGGCAUGUAUUUAUGGACGGGCGAGAUCUCGCAUCCAUCAAGCCAUCCAAUAUCCGCUCACAACUCAAUGUCAUCCCCCAGGACCCAUACUUUGUAUCCGGUACUAUUCGAUUCAAUUUAGACCCUCGUGCGGCUAUUUCCGAUGAUGACAUAUGCCGCGCAGCCAAACGAGUGGGUAUGUGGGAGCAGAUUGAGAUGAAUGGUGGCCUUGACGGAGACCUCGAUGCUUCAAGAUGGUCUAUGGGAGAAAAACAACUGCUGUCACUGGCUAGAGCAUUACUUUCACAAAGCUCAGUUUUACUUCUUGACGAAGCGACAAGCAACGUCGACCGUGAAACGGAAUCACUCAUGCAGCAAGUUAUAGAGACGGAAUUUACUAACCAGACCGUUAUCAUGGUUAUGCAUCGACUCCGUUAUGUGGCUCGUUUCGAUCGAGUGGCUUUAAUGCGGAGCGGGGAGCUUGUUGAAUGUGAUAGUCCGUCUGCAUUACUUGCGCGGGACUCGGAGUUUGCAGGGUUCUAUACUUCAUUCAUGGGGUCACAUUAA